UUCUAAAUACAUAUUAUGGUAACAACAUUCCUCUAUAAUAUACUGUAUCAUUCAGUUGGAAAUUAUGUAGUUGAUAUGGGAAAUCUCUUAGCUUACCUUUUUUGUUGUCUCUGCUUAUGUUUCCUUGUAAAUCUCAUCAAGUUUAUGAACAGAGUAUUAUGGAACCCGAUUCGCACCCAAUCUUCCAUGAGAGCACAAGGGAUAAAAGGGCCUUCUUACAGAUUCCUGCAUGGAAAUACCAGAGAAAUUACAGACAUGAGAAACAGAAUCAUGAAUGGUCCAAUGGAUUUAGCGCAUGAAAUGCUCCCGAGAAUUCAGCCUCACAUUUAUUCUUGGAUUAAGCUAUAUGGGGGAAAUUUUCUAAACUGGUAUGGUCCUAAAGCUCAACUUGUCAUUACGGAACCUGAGCUAGUUCUAGAAGUGCUGAACAAUAAGGAAGGAGCAUAUGAAAAGAAACAAAUCCAGAAUUAUGCAGACAAGUUCUUAGGCGGUGGACUUUUAUCAUCCCGAGGUGAAAAAUGGUUGAAGAUGCGUAAACUGGCCAAUCAGGCCUUCCAUGGAGAGAACUUGAAAGGUAUGAUACCGGCGAUGGUUGCAAGUGCAGAGGCUAUGCUGGAGAGAUGGAGAACGAAUGAAGUAAAGGAAAUUGAGAUGUACCAAGAAUUCAAAGUUUUAACUUCAGAGAUAAUUUCCCGGACAGCUUUCGGAAGCAGUUAUCUGGAGGGGAAGAACAUAUUUGAUAUGCUUGCAAGAAUGGGUAGCAUAGUCUCUAGAAAUAAUUAUAAAGUUGGAAUUCCUGUGUCUAAGAACUUGCUGAAAACUCGGGAUGAUUCCGAAUCAGAGGAACUUGAGAGAGGCAUACGGGAAUCUGUUUUAAAGAUGAUCAGGAAAAGAGAAGAGGAGCUGCUAAAGGGUAACAAGGAUGCUUACGGGAUUGAUUUUUUCGGAGUACUUCUAAAGGCUUAUCAUGAUGAUGACAGAACAAAGAAAAUAUCAGUAGACGACAUUAUCGACGAGUGUAAGAGCUUUUACGUUGCUGGCCAUGAAACAACAUCAAGCUCCCUCUCCUGGAUUGUUCUGUUUCUAGCAAUCAAUCCAACCUGGCAGGAAAGAGCUAGGGAAGAGGUACUUCAAUUAUUUGGCAAAAGGAAUCCCAGUCCAGACGGUAUCCGAAGAUUGGACACUAUGAGCAUGAUUAUCAAUGAGUCCUUACGGCUAUAUCCUCCUGCUUUCAAUAUCGUAAGGGAAGUUGAAAAGGAAGUUAGACUGGGGAAGCUAAUCUUACCAGAAAAGAUGUCGGUCUGUCUUCCAAUUCUUGCAGUUCACAACAACCCGCAUGUAUGGGGAGAAGAUGUUCACUUAUUUAAACCCGAAAGAUUUGCAGAUGGGGUAGCAAAAGCAACUAAAAAUGGCAUUGCAGCCUUUCUUCCAUUUGGUGGAGGGCCACGAAGAUGCAUUGGCUUGAAUUUUGCAACUAGCGAAAUGAAGAUCGUACUGUCCAUGAUUCUGCAGCACUACAGGUUUACUCUGUCACCUAAGUAUGUCCAUUCACCCGUCCACAUUCUCACCAUAGCCCCGCAAUAUGGACUUCAAAUCAUGCUUCAACCACUGUAAAAUUACAAUUUGAAGCCUGUGAAAGGACUUAAUGCAACAUUAAUUAAUGUAAAGCAGUUUGAUACAAUAAAGUUAAAAGUAUAAGAGGUCAAUAAAAAACCGAAACAUUAAAUCCUAA